CGGGCCGGGGGAGCCGCGGGCUCUCGGGGAAGAGACGGAUGAUGAACAAGCUUUACAUCGGGAACCUGAGCCCCGCCGUCACCGCCGACGACCUCCGGCAGCUCUUCGGGGACAGGAAGCUGCCCCUGGCGGGACAGGUCCUGCUCAAGUCCGGCUACGCCUUCGUGGACUACCCCGACCAGAACUGGGCCAUCCGCGCCAUCGAGACCCUCUCGGGUAAAGUGGAAUUGCAUGGGAAAAUCAUGGAAGUUGAUUACUCAGUCUCUAAAAAGCUCAGGAGCAGGAAAAUUCAGAUCCGAAACAUCCCUCCUCACCUGCAGUGGGAGGUGCUGGAUGGACUUUUGGCUCAGUAUGGGACAGUGGAGAAUGUAGAACAAGUCAACACAGACACAGAAACUGCAGUUGUCAACGUCACAUAUGCAACAAGAGAAGAAGCAAAAAUAGCCAUCGAGAAGCUAAGCGGGCAUCAGUUUGAGAACUACUCCUUCAAGAUUUCCUACAUCCCGGAUGAAGAGGUGAGCUCCCCUUCGCCCCCACAGCGAGCCCAGCGUGGGGACCACUCUUCCCGGGAGCAAGGCCACGCCCCUGGGGGCUCUUCUCAGGCCAGACAGAUUGAUUUCCCGCUGCGGAUCCUGGUCCCCACCCAGUUUGUUGGUGCCAUCAUCGGAAAGGAGGGCUUGACCAUAAAGAACAUCACUAAGCAGACCCAGUCCCGGGUAGACAUCCAUAGAAAGGAGAACUCUGGGGCUGCAGAGAAGCCUGUCACCAUCCAUGCCACCCCAGAGGGGACCUCUGAAGCCUGCCGCAUGAUUCUUGAAAUCAUGCAGAAAGAGGCUGAUGAGACCAAAUUAGCUGAAGAGAUUCCUCUGAAGAUCUUGGCCCACAAUGGCUUAGUUGGAAGACUUAUUGGAAAAGAAGGCAGAAAUUUGAAGAAAAUUGAACAUGAGACAGGGACCAAGAUAACAAUCUCAUCCUUGCAGGAAUUGAGCAUAUACAACCCCGAAAGAACCAUCACUGUGAAGGGCACAGUCGAGGCCUGUGCCAGUGCAGAGGUAGAGAUUAUGAAGAAGCUCCGUGAGGCCUUUGAGAACGAUGUGCUGGCGGUUAAUACUCACUCUGGAUACUUCUCCAGCUUGUACCCGCCUCACCAGUUCGGGCCGUUCCCACAUCACCACUCAUAUCCAGAGCAGGAGAUUGUGAAUCUCUUCAUCCCAACCCAGGCUGUAGGUGCCAUCAUCGGGAAGAAGGGGGCGCACAUUAAACAGCUGGCUCGAUUCGCUGGGGCCUCCAUCAAGAUUGCCCCAGCGGAAGGCCCAGAUGUCAGUGAAAGGAUGGUCAUCAUCACCGGCCCACCUGAAGCCCAGUUCAAGGCCCAGGGGCGGAUCUUUGGGAAACUGAAGGAAGAAAACUUCUUUAACCCCAAAGAAGAGGUGAAGUUGGAAGCCCACAUCAGAGUGCCCUCUUCUACAGCUGGCCGGGUGAUUGGCAAGGGCGGCAAAACCGUGAACGAACUGCAGAACUUAACCAGUGCGGAAGUCAUCGUGCCUCGUGACCAAACGCCAGAUGAAAAUGAGGAAGUGAUCGUCAGAAUUAUCGGGCAUUUCUUUGCUAGCCAGACUGCACAGCGCAAGAUCAGGGAAAUUGUACAACAGGUGAAACAGCAGGAGCAGAAAUAUCCUCAGGGAGUCGCCUCACAGCGCAGCAAGUGAGGCUCCCACAGGCACCAGCAAAACAACGGAUGAAUGUAGCCCUUCCAACACCUGACAGAAUGAGACCAAACACAGCCAGCCAGCUCGGGAGCAAACCAAAGACCAUCCUGAGGAAUGAGAAGUCUGCGGAGGUGCAGGGGACUCUGCAGAGGCCCUGAGAACCCCAGGCCCAGGAAGGGGGCGGGAGGUCAGACCAGGCCCCUUCCGGGCCUCCUGCCUCCCCCAGGGCCUCUGCAGGCUUCCCAGCCAUCCACUGCACCAUCACUCGGAUCUCUCCUUACCUCCUACCACGCUAUCCCUUUUAGUUGAACUAACAUAGGUGAACGUGCUCAAAGCAAAGCAAAAUUCACAUCCUUUUCUUUUUGUGGAAAUUGUCUCUGUACAUGUGUGUACAUAUUAGAAGGGAAAAGAUGUUAAGAUAUGUGGCCUGUGGGUGACACAGGGUGCCUGCAGCGUUAAUAUAUUUUAGAAAUAAUAUAUCAAAUAACUCAACUAACUCCCAAGUUUUAAUCAAUUAUUAAUUUUUUUUUCUUUUUAAAGAGAAAGCAGGCUUUUCUAGACUUUAAAGAAUCAAGUCGUUCUUUGGGAGGUCUGAUGGUUUAGUAAGGAGCUUCAAGACCACCCACACAAAAUUCACCCGAGGGGAAUCUCGGAAGGACACUCACAGCAGUUCUGGACCGCCUGUGCACGUCAACAGAAGGGAUACCGUCUCUCUGAAGAGGAAACUGUCUCUUCAUCCCUAUCUAGCUCACGCACCCACUUCUCUUUGCUUCACAGGUUUUAAACUGGUUUUUUGCAUACUGCUAUAUAAUUCUCUGUCUCUCUCUGUUUAUCUCUCCCCUACCUUCUUUCCCUCCCCUUCUUCUCCAUCCCCAUUAAUUCCCUCAUCCCUCUUUCUCAAUUCCCGGUACCUACGCACUCCCCAGGCAAAGCAGUGCUCUGAGUAUCACAUCACACAAAAGGAACAAAAGCGAAACACACAAACCAGCCUCAACUUACACUUGGUUACUCAAAAGAACAAGAGUCAAUGGUACUUGUCCUAGCAUUUUGGAAGAGGAAAACAGGAACCCAUCAAACCAACCAACCAAACAAAGAAAAAUUCCACAAAGAAAGAAUGUAUUUUGUCUUUUUACAUUUUGGUGUAUAAGCCAUCAAUAUUCAGCAAAAUGAUUUCUUUCUUUAAAAAAAAACAGUGGAGGAAAAUAGCAAUUUACACGAGGUCGUUGGCCCAGGGCGUUAAAUUUACAGAUUUUUUUAAAUGAGAAAAACACACAAAAAAAGCUACCUCAGGUGUUUUUUACCUCAGCACCUUGCUCUUGUGUUUCCCUUAGAGAUUUUGUAAAACUGAUAGUUGGAGCAUUUUUUUAUUUUUUUAAUAAAAAUGAGUUGGAAAAAAAUAUCAACUGCCAGCCUGGAGAAGGUGACAGUCCAAGUGUGCAACAACUGUUCUGAAUUGUCUUCCGCUAGCCAAGAACCUAUAUGGCCUUCUUUUGGACAAACCUUGAAAAUGUUUAUUAAAAAAAAAAGAAAAAGAAAAAAAAAACAGAGAGAGAAAAUAUUGGAGAUGUCCUGAAUUUCAAUAGGGUACGCGCCAUUAGGGCUUUUUGCGCUAAAGGAUGAACAUGUACUGGUUUAUGUGAACAAGCCAUUUUACCACCAGACUGCAAUGCCAGUUUCCUCUACUGCAAACAGUGUUCUGUGACAAAAACAAAAACAAACAAAAAAAAAUGAAAUAUAUCCAGCUAACAAGA